AGGCAGCUAAAAGCCAGUUAACAGAAAAAAGAGAAAAAUAAUGACUUCAUGAUUCUCACGUCCCCCACUCUUCACAAUACCAUUUCUUCAAAUCCAACUUCUCUCUGAUCUUCUUCUUCAUUUCUCUCUUUCUUUAAUCCCAAUUCAACUAUAUUUUUUUGGGAUUUUUUAAUCUUUUUUUCUCUGUGGGGGGUUUUUUCAUUGCCAGCCAUGACUGAGGUCCUCCAUUUGCCUUCAUCUCCAAGGUCCUCCGCCUUAUCCAAUGAUGGUUUUUUCCAGGCUCAGACUGCUGGUUCUGGUGGUCUAGGUGUGGAGGGGGAUUCAAGGGUCACCGGCGCUGAGGGACAGAGGGUGAAGGAUAGGGAACAGUUGUCUCUGUUGGCGCUGCUUGUAACGCUGUUCAGGAAGUCUUUGGUUGUUUGCAAGACGGACAGGGAGGAGCUUUGCGCCAUGGAGAUCGGGUGGCCGACUAAUGUGCGCCAUGUUGCGCAUGUUACCUUCGAUCGGUUCAAUGGUUUCCUGGGCUUGCCUGUUGAGUUCGAACCUGAAGUUCCCAGGAGGGCUCCGAGUGCCAGUGCAAACGUUUUUGGAGUUUCAACGGAAUCCAUGCAGUUGUCAUUUGACUCCAGAGGAAACAGUGUGCCAACAAUACUCCUACUGAUGCAAAGACGCUUGUAUCUUCAAGGAGGCUUGCAGGCAGAAGGGAUUUUUAGAAUUAAUGCAGAAAACAGCCAGGAGGAGUAUGUGAGAGAGCAAUUAAAUAGGGGAGUGGUACCAGAAGGAAUAGAUUUACAUUGUCUAGCAGGUCUUAUUAAGGCUUGGUUUAGAGAACUCCCAACUGGGGUUUUGGACUCUCUGUCACCUGAGCAGGUAAUGCAAUGCCAAGCAGAAGAGGAAUGUGCAGAGCUCGUGAGGCUUCUGCCUCCAACAGAAGCUGCUCUACUGGAUUGGGCCAUUAACCUCAUGGCUGAUGUCGUCCAGGAGGAACAUCUAAACAAAAUGAAUGCACGCAACAUUGCAAUGGUCUUUGCACCAAACAUGACUCAGAUGGCAGAUCCUCUGACUGCAUUGAUGUAUGCUGUCCAAGUCAUGAAUUUCCUCAAGACACUUAUCAUAAAGACACUACGAGAAAGAGAAGAUUCAAUGGUAGAGCCGGCUCCUACUUCCAGCCUUGAGCCAUUUGAUGAGAAUGGACACCAGAGCCCUUCUCAGCCCACCUGGCUAGAAAAUACUGCACAAGACAAUGAAGAGACAGAGCAAGCCUUCAUCAUGGAAGAACCUGUUUUAGAAAGCCCCCCUUACUGUACUCAGAACAAGCACGUGGAGGAUGGAGAAGCACAUGGUUUUUUAACUUCUCUUGAGAAGUCGCUCCCUAACAUGGAUGGAUCUUUUGAGACUCUAACUCAGGUUGAAACAUUCGUCACUGAAACAGAAGCUUAUGCAGUUGAUAGUCCAAAAACUGGGGUUCAAGCAAACCCUCUUAAGAGCAAAAGUGGCCAAUCAAGUAAUUCAAAUAUCAAAAAGGGUCCCAAAACAAUUAACAGGCAGCCAUCUUCAGUUUGUGAACCGGGACCCCUGGAGAAGACCAAGGGAAUCAGCAAUCUCAGCCGCAUAAAUUCAAGGACGGAGCGGAUUGAAGCCUGGCGGUGAAGCUCAACAAGGGUCUGGCAUGACUGAUUCUAUGACGAGUUGGCAGUGUAAGUCUGUUUGAUUUGGAAGUUGUGAAAGUAAGUUUGUUAAAAUUGUUCAUGAAUGUUUUGUGCUGUGGGGUGGUUUGCUCAACCUGUUUUGAUUUCAAGGAUAACAUCUGUAUGCUACGAUACUAACAUUUUCUGCUUUCCAAAAAUGCAUUUGAAUCCAAUGGAUAUAA